CCCGCGCCGGGAUCCCGCCCCCGCCCCGCGCACGUCCGCGCGCGCGCGCCGCGAUUCCCCCCCCCCGGCCGGGGUAACCGAAAGCGAAACCCGCCGGCCCCGCCCUGCUGGCGGCGGAAGCGCGUCAGUUCGGGCGGGUCUCUGGCCGGCGCGGUUCGCAGGGAGGCGGAGGCAGCGCGGCUUCCCGGGCCGAGUGGCGCCUUGCGGACGGGGACUAUGUGGGCGCUGGGGGCCUGGGUGCUGCUGGGCGCCGUGUGCGCGGGUUCUGCCCAGUUGCAGUUCAAUGCAAUCAAGUCUGUUGAACAAACCAUUUGUAAUGAAACAGUCAUCCUACCUUGCAUAGUGACUAAUCUAGCACAGAAGAAUAUUGAAGUCAUGUUUGUUAAAUGGAAACUAGAAAAAAACGAAUUUUUCAGUUUUGACGGAUCUAAAGGAAAGACCGCCAGAAACAAGAAUUUUUCAUCUGCUGUGUUAGAAUCUGUACAAAAUUUAAGUCUGGGCAGUGCCUCCUUGUCAAUUUCAAAAACACAAGCAGUUCCAGGAAACUACAGUUGUGAAGUGACAGAAUCGAAUAGGGAAGGAGAAACUGUAAUUGAACUUAUAUACCGUAUAGAGCCGUGGUUCCCACAAGUAGAAUCUGUUUUCAUCAUACUCUUCCUGGUCUGCGCUAUUUUGUUUUAUUGGAUUCAGUUAGGCGUUACUGUAUCAAAGGGAACUACAUUUCAGGAGAAGAUUGGCUUAAUUAUUGCAGGAAUCAUCAUCACAGUUGUUGCUGUUGUUGGUUUUAUCCUUUUAGUUCUAGAUGGGUUUGAGCCAAAGAAUCAAGCUGGACUUGGCUUAAUUGUACUCCCUGCUGUGAUUUUAGUGCCACUUCAGUACUUUCUGCUUAAGAUAGUUUUUAAGAAUGAUCUACCACCGUUCGCAAUUCUUGUGGUAGUUCUGGAAUUACUUGGUUAUUUGAUUGCUGUCAUCGGCUUUGCCCUGUGCAUCACAGCAUGCCCUCCGAAAAAUGGUGCUGUCGUGAUUGCUGGGUUAGCCAUUAUGGCUCUUAUGGCAGUUGUUGGCCUAAUUUAUAUGAUUGCUUUGGGUUCCUGCAAGAAAGAUCAACUUCCAAGGAAAGCUGUAGAAGAACCACUUAAUGGGUAACUAACUGGUGAGAGUGAUAGAAUCUGCUACAGAGAUGGUGAUAUGUGAAAAGAAAUACAUUUGUUUAUACACCGUGGCCUUUGAUGGUGCGCUAGUCAAAGAGAAGAAAAUCAGGAACUUAGCUGUUUUGCACGUUUGGAAAAAAAAAUGCUAAAAUGAUUUACAUGUAAUUUUAUAGUCACAGCUGCGGUAGUUCCAUUCAAGAAAGAGAGGUUUUUCCUGGAGUGUGUGUGUGUGGUGGUGAGUGGGGGAGGGUGAGAGCAUAAAACAGCACUGUUUAUCGACCACACAAUUUCUUUAUAGUGUCACUAUUAGUGGUACCCUUUUCAAAAAACAUCAGUCAUCGCUUUGAAACUGGGCUAGGUCCGUGACCAAAUGAUACUAGCACUAUGCUACUGGAACAGACCUUUGUGAUAACUUAAACAAAUUGGUAUUGCAUGAAACAUGCCACACUGUUCUCUCUUGACUCACCCUCUCUCCCCUCAAAUAUUAAAAAAAAUUCACUGUCACUACUAUGAAGUUUAAUAUGAUAUAGGUUGUAAUUACAUUUAGAUUGGUGGGGUUUUGUGUUUGCAUGGGCAAAAUAUGUUAAUGUCUAAAUGGUAUGAAAAGGAAGUGGAUGUUGUACAAAUGUUCCUCUUUCCACUUUCAAUGUAUGUAUUAUCGAAAACAGAGGCACUUACCACACUGAAAAAAACUGCAUAAACAAAACCUUGAUUCUCAUGCUUUUUUUAAUGGGUACCCAUGGCCCGUCCCAACCCCCCCCCCCCCCCCCCAUACUAAAUAGGCUCCUUGUAUAUAUGGUAGUUGUGUGGUGUGCUUUGAUUACAAAGAGGCAAAAAACCCAGACUAAAAUAUCAGUAGUCUUGAUUAAAAAUUACUUACCCCUCAGCCAAAUUCAGUCUGUCAUACUGAAACCAAUCUCAGGCUCUUUCAAACAGGGAAUGAGUAAAUGCAGGUGCUGAGCGUAUUAAAGUUUUACAUAUAAAAAUUUAUUAAAAUCUAAUUAGAAUAAUUUCUUCAUGCUUGUGUAGUCUGUGAGGCCUUGCCUGCGCUUUUAACAGCUGUACUUUGAGGGUUCACCCACUGUAACUAGUAAGAAAGCAGUGGUCUCCUUUAGACAGCCAGGGCCAUGAUGCAGGUUGAUAUAGGAACCUCGGAAUUAACUUCGGGGAGGGGGAAGGGUCUGAGCCUACAGCCUACACUCACAUGAUUAGGCCCCAUGUGAGGACUGCAGGAUUGAACGCCUCAGCUAACCCAAGCUGCCCUCUUACAGAAGGCAAUGGGAUAUUCACAUGUGUAAAUGUUAAGGACCAUAAGUUUGUAUCUGCUUUGUAAGGACCUAAUUAGUAUUGCUUUAAUUUUUUAAAGGUGUAUGGUUUUGGAAUGUGGUAUCUCAACAAGGGUAUUCCUAGAGAGUUGAAAUCCAUAUAGAUUAAUGGGGGAGGCUUAACCAAAGGACUAAUCAAAAUAGCCCAAGUAAGGUGUGGGAGAUAUUAUGAAUCAGUAAUAAGAGGCAAUCCAGAACUUCCCUAGCAUUUAUGCAUGGGGCUUCUCAUCUACACACCUCUAGUUACUGAUACCCUCUAGUAGUUUAUAGCAGCUCCACGAAGUAGCAGGCUUUGAAAUUCUGUUUUGCCUUACUCUUAAUAUAGCUUUAUAAUCAAUUGUCAGCAAACUGGAAUUUAGCAGCCACUGUUGUGAAGUCAAAUUCCUUUAAUAAAAUAUUACCCAAAAAAUUCAGUACCCAGUACUUGUCUGUUAAUCAUACUGCUGUAUGCAAAGGCUCUGCUUUGGGUUUCUCUUGGGCACCAGUUAAAAGUGGGUUAGUUAAUUUCUUAAAGUCACUUAAUACUACCUUCCCUCCAGUAAAAACCAAAGUUGUUUAAAUUACUGAUUUGUAUGUGUGUGUGUAUAUAUAUAAACCAAAUUUUCAUGAUUUGGCAUUUUGGAUUUCUGCAAUCUUUACCCAAGUGUUAUUUAUUAACAUAACUUUGUAAAUAGUGCGCUAUUAUACUUAAAAUAAAACUAUGUUAAACUGUU